GGAGCUGAAACUGAAGAAAAUGUAUAUAAAGGAAGGAGAUGGACUGCCGGCGGUGGACCAUAUAGACUAGUCGUGUCUGCAGAUAGUGGGGAGCUUCAUGCGGACGAGAGCGUGGACAUGGUGCACUCGCUCCAGGAGAAGAAGAGCAGGGUCAAGUCGGAUAGCGAAGAAGAGGAGAAUAAAUACGACAAAGUCACCCAGAGAGUAAUUGUGAAACACGGACGGAAGCGCCAACGGCUUAUAUUGGAGGACGGAGGAGAGAGGAAGCGCAGAAGAGACCCUGUUAACCCUUCGACGACCGGCCUACCCCAAACAAUGUCCUACAACUUGUACAACCAUUUCCGUCCGUUGGAACAGGACGUACCGCAAGACCACUUACUCCCAUUCCUCGACUUUGGGCGAAAGCUAUCUACCGGUUCAACUCCUUCGGGUGUCAACUCGAUCGAAUCAUCGUCAACUCCGAGGGGGAUGGCUAGCAGCUCUACGGAGCUGUUUCCGGCCGAGGAGGUCUAUCACGAUGACAUGGAUGUGACAGUCAUGAAGAAAACGGUUGAGAAAAACAAAGUUCCUCAAGGCCCUAUACAACUUAGGCAUUCGUCGAGUUUUUUCAAAUUAUCCGAAGGUGGUAAAAACGCCACCCAAGAGUCCCAUAAUGUAAAUAACACUAAUUUAAAUUCAAAUAAGACUGAUAUGAAGAAAGACGUACAUUAUGAUCUUCAGUCUAAUGAGAGUGGUGUAAAAACCCAACUUGUACUUUCUCCAAACUAUGGGCUAAGGUUGAACCGAUACGAUUCGAUUAAGAAUGACACAAAUCAAACGGAAACGCAACAUCUUUUGAUUAAUGUACAACCGUUGAAAGAAAAACAAUCCAUUGAAGCCCCUCUUCAAGAAGUAAUCAGUGAUGGAACUGUUAAGCCAACUUUUGAUAAACCGGCCAAAAUAAUAUCAAUUUUAAAACCAAGUCCUACUGCGAGGAUCUUGUCGACUGCUGUCGUCACUUCAGUAUCUGUGAAAGAGUCACCACGGUUUCCAAGAAUAAAACUUAACUCAUCAGAUGAAUAUGAGAACGGUUCUGAUGUGAAAAUAAACAGUUCGGAUAUUCCGUCUGUUGAUAGAUCACUCAAAUUUGAGUCAUUGCUCAACAGUACAAGACGUAAACCUUAUACAACUCUCAGGCCUAAAACAACAUCAUACAAGCCGGUAACUUUCAGGAGUAUUUAUCGAAGAAAUACCACCUUCCCCGUUGUGCACGUCGUAUCUACCCCUCCGACCUAUAUAGAAGUGCCUAAAAUUAUAACGCAAGCCACUAGAACUAAAAAAGAACCACCAAUGAGAAACUCAGAAGUAGUAGGUGUCAAUGAAGGAGAACUAGCGAUAGAAAACUCUACAAGUACUACAACUCCGAUUUCUGUAGAAACAACAGUUAAAUCUUCUACGUCUUUUCAAUCAUCUUCCAAAUCAUCAGUUUCUUCAAGUAAAACUUCCAUGGCAGCUAACAACAUUAGCACUGCUAUCCCAUUUUCCACUACUGGUUUUACAACAACAACUACUACUACUAAACCUACUACAACUCUUCCUACUACUUCUACUACUACAACAACCUCGACUACUCCUCCAUCUUCUACAACUUCUACACCUUCUACAACUCCUACACUUUCUACAACGCCUACUCCUUCUACAACUACUCCUCCUAUUACUUCAACAACUACUCCUUCUUCAGUUACCAUUAAUAACUUCACUUCUACUCCUUUUACAAGUACUAUUCCUACAAAUACACCAACCACUUAUAAUGCAACUACUUCUGCACCUACAACUGCAAAUACAACCUAUAUAACAGAACGCCCUUCUUCCACUCCCAAUUACACUACAGAAGAAAUAGUUUUUAAAUCGUUGGAUGAUAUUUUAAGUAGGACAACAGAAAGAUCAGAAGACGCUAAGAUCAAAACGACGACGAAAGAGCCUAGCAGUUUUAACCUUUCGAAAAUUGAUAAUCUCUGGGUGGUACACCAAAGGAACCAUACCAUCAAACCAUCGACAAUAAAUGUUAGCUUCCAGGAUUCGACUCUAAGCCUUGUAACGUACAUUCUGGCUGGCCUGGGCGUCAUACCACUCAUUCUUGGAGGAUUUUUAAUUGUCCGGCAGAUCAUGCUGAAGAGCAAGAAGAAGGUAUUGGAUGAAUCGGAAUAUUCGUCAGAGUACAACAGAUCGCCUCUGCCAACAAAAUUGCCCAGAGUCCCAACUCAUUUGAAUUGGGAAGAGACAAAACCAGCCAUAGUGCCAGUACCAAUAACAAAAUGGGAAUUCCCUAGAGACAAGCUUCGUUUGCAGACGGUUCUUGGCCAAGGAAACUUUGGACAGGUUUGGAAAGCUGAAGCAGAUGAUAUAAGUGGCCAUGAAGGUUUAACUAGGCUUGUAGCUGUUAAAACUGUCAAAGAAGGAGCUACACAAAAGGAAAAAGAAGAUCUGCUCCGUGAACUUGGGAUCAUGCAGGAACUUGGAGCACAUCCCAAUGUAGUUACCCUUCUUGGAUGCUGUACUGACAAAGAGCCAUACUUACUUAUUAUGGAAUACGUGAUGUAUGGAAAAUUGCUUGCUUUCUUAAGAGAGCACAGGACUCGUGCACAUUACUUCAACUUUUCAGACCUAUCUUCAGCACUCACAUCCAGAGACCUUACUGUUUUUGCAUAUUGUGUAGCUAGGGGAAUGGAAUACCUUGUUACUAAAGGGAUUAUCCACAGAGAUUUAGCAGCUCGCAACAUUCUUGUUGACCACAACAAACUGUGCAAGAUAGCAGAUUUUGGAAUGUCAAGGAACGUACGAGACACUGGUCAAAUAUACGAACAGAGGCCAAAUAGGGGUGCAAUGCCAAUUAGAUGGAUGGCGCCAGAAUCUCUACACUUUAGCCUGUUUACUCACAAAUCAGAUGUGUGGAGCUUUGGAAUACUUUUGUGGGAAAUUAUUACUCUUGGGUCAACACCGUACAACACGAUGGGUGCCAGAGAGGUAAUGCAUCAUGUUCGUGAAGGCUACCGACUCGAAAAGCCAAAGCACUGUAGAUCUGAAUUUUUCCGAGUUCUUACAAAAUGUUGGCAUAACGAUCCAGAAAAGAGGCCCAGUUUUUCUGAGCUGAAAUCCGACAUCGGAAACCUUCUUGGCGACAAGGACACAGAAGGCGGAUUUGUGGACUUAGAAGCGAUGGCUGAGGAAAUAAGCAAUCAGGGGAAUUGAUUGAUUAAAAUUUGCCCAAAGAAUUUAGACUUCGUUUUGAAUUAUAAUCACAUAAUUUUGACUAAUUUGUACAUUUGUGUAAAUAUAUAAAUUAUAGUUUAUUAUUCUAUCAUCAGAAGAGAAACACAUGUAAUACAGUAAUUUUUCAUUAUUUCUCUUAUUGGUUGUAAAUAUCUGUAACUAGGCAGUUGCUGAGGGAAUUUUAAAUUUUUUUCUAUUCUAGUCUGACUGUUUUUCAGCAGUAGUUAACAAACACAAACAGUAUUUUAUGUUUAUUAAAAUAAAUAGUUUUGUAUUAGUAAAA